AGGUCAAACGUGGGACGAUGUCGGAGGUGCGACACGACAGCACGAGCAGUUUACAGCGGAAGAAGCCACCAUGGUUAAAACUGGACAUCCCGGUGCCGGUGCCUGUGUCAGUGCCAGAAGAGCCCCAGCCUGUGCAGCCAAUGAGACGUCAGACCUUUCUGCGAAGCGUGAGCAUGCCCGCCGACAACACCCGUGUGCCCUCCCUGCCUAAUGAAGUGAGGAGACCGGUGCUACAACGACAGACCUCAAUCACCCAAACCAUCAAAAGAGGCACAGCAGACUGGUUUGGGGUGAGCAAAGACAGCGACGCUACUCAGAAAUGGCAGAGAAAGAGCCUCCGCCACUGCAGCCUGCGGUAUGGGAAGCUGAAACCUCAGGUCAUCCGGGAAAUGGACUUGCCCAGUCAGGACAAUAUUUCUCUAACAAGCACAGAGACUCCUCCUCCGCUCUAUGUUGGACCCUGCCAGCUGGGCAUGCAGAAGAUCAUAGACCCCUUGGCCCGUGGCCGAGCUUUCCGGAUGGCUGACGACAAUGAUGGCUGCAGCAUCCCGCACACACCGAUCACGCCAGGCGCCACAUCGCUCUGCUCCUUCACCAGCUCGCGCUCAGGGUUCAAUCGCCUCCCACGACGGCGGAAACGGGAAUCUGUUGCCAAAAUGAGUUUCCGAGCAGCUGCGGCUUUGGUGAAGGGACGCUCUGUGAAGGACAGCACCCUGAGGAGAGCUCAGCGGCGCAGCUUCACCCCAGCGAGUUUCCUGGAGGAGGACACAGUGGAUUUUCCAGAUGAGCUCGACACUUCUUUCUUUGCUCGGGAAGGAGUCCUUCAUGAGGAGCUCUCUACUUAUCCAGACGAAGUGUUCGAGUCACCAUCAGAAGCUGCAAUCAAAGAUGCUGAGGUGAAACCUCUGGAUCAGACAGAUCUCACAGGAGGUGCCUUGGACAAAACCGAGCUUGAAAGAAGCCACUUGCUACUCCCACUGGAGCGAGGCUGGAGGAAGCAAAAGGAUGGGGCCCUGGCACAGCCCAAGGUCCGCUUGCGGCAGGAGGUGGUCAGUGUCAGCCCACAGAAGCGUGGCCAACGCAUCGCUGUCCCUGUCAGGAAGCUCUUUGCCAAGGAGAAAAGGCCGUAUGGCCUGGGAAUGGUGGGGAAGCUGACAAACCGUACAUACCGCAAGCGCAUCGACAGCUAUGUCAAGCGGCAGAUUGAGGAUAUGGAUGACCACAGGCCUUUCUUCACUUACUGGGUCACUUUUGUCCAUUCACUCAUCACCAUCCUCGCUGUGUGCAUCUAUGGCAUUGCCCCCGUGGGGUUCUCACAACAUGAAACUGUUGAUUCGGUCUUGCGAAACAGAGGGGUUUAUGAAAACGUCAAAUACGAGGCCCUGAUCCACCUAGGGGCCAAGUUCUCACCGUGCAUGAGGCAGGACCAGCAAGUGCACAGCUUCAUCAGUGCCAAGCGGGAGAAGGAGAAGCAUUCAGCUUGCUGUGUGCGGAACGACAAAUCAGGCUGCGUGCAGACCUCGGAGGAGGAGUGCUCAUCCACUCUGGCUGUGUGGGUGAAAUGGCCCCAUCACCCCAGCACACCAAUGCUGGCAGGAAGCAAGAGGCAGUUUGGGUCUGUCUGCCAUCAGGACCCCAGGGUGUGUGAGCAGCCAGCCUCGAUGGAGCCGCAUGAGUGGCCAGAUGACAUCACCAAGUGGCCGAUCUGCACAAAAAACAGUGCUGGGAAUUACACCAACCACCUUCACAUGGACUGCGUGAUUACAGGCAGGCCCUGCUGCAUUGGGACCAAAGGAAGGUGUGAAAUAACUUCCCGGGAAUAUUGUGAAUUUAUGCGGGGCUAUUUCCAUGAGGAGGCAACACUCUGCUCUCAGGUGCACUGCAUGGAUGAUGUCUGUGGACUCCUCCCUUUCCUAAAUCCAGAAGUCCCUGACCAGUUCUACCGCCUCUGGCUCUCACUUUUCCUCCAUGCUGGGAUCCUGCACUGUCUGGUUUCAGUCUGUUUCCAAAUGACGAUCCUGCGGGACCUAGAGAAGCUGGCAGGAUGGCAUCGCAUCUCUAUCAUCUACCUGCUCAGUGGCAUCACUGGGAACCUUGCCAGUGCAAUUUUUCUUCCCUACAGAGCAGAGGUUGGCCCUGCAGGAUCCCAGUUUGGGAUUCUGGCCUGUCUCUUUGUGGAGCUCUUCCAGAGUUGGCAAAUCCUGGCGCGCCCGUGGAGGGCUUUCUUCAAGCUGCUGGCUGUGGUGCUCUUUCUUUUUGCCUUUGGCCUCCUGCCUUGGAUCGAUAAUUUUGCUCACAUUUCAGGAUUUAUCAGUGGUUUCUUCCUCUCCUUUGCCUUCCUGCCCUACAUUAGCUUUGGGAAGUUUGAUUUGUAUAGGAAGCGAUGCCAAAUUAUCGUUUUCCAGCUCAUCUUCAUUGCACUCUUCUCAGGACUUGUGAUUCUCUUCUAUUUCUACCCCAUCAAGUGCGAGUGGUGCGAGUUCCUCACUUGUAUACCAUUCACAGACAAAUUCUGCGAGAAAUACGACCUGGAUGCACAGCUCCACUGAAAGGCAAAGACUAGCUUCUCGAGCAGGCACUGGAGAUGGACGGUCUUUGCGUUUGCUGUGCCAGUUCCAUGUGGACGAAAGCCUCUAAUCCAAUGACACUUCUAACCCUGCCCGUGGUUAAUUUAAACUGUCUCCUUAGCACUUGGCAGGCAUGUUUUGCCUUAUCUCAGAAGACUCUGAAAACAGAACAUUUGUGCCUUGUUCAAUUGUAUUGAACCUUUUCUGCUGCCAUUAUUUUUAUUACAUUAGUUUCAAUACUACAUUUUUAACCAGAGUUGUUUACUACUGCUAAGGUGGUGAUUAAAUGGCAAGGUAGCGUUUUAGCUACUGUUAAUUGUU